AUGUUUAUCGGCGACUUUGCAGACAGAACAGGUCGUCGACCAGCCUACAUCAUUUGUUUUGUGAUUUACAUCGCAUCAAACAUCGGACUGGCUUUACAGGACAGCUAUGGUGCUCUGAUCGGGUUGCGAUGUUUGCAGAGUUCCGGGAUCAGCAGUAGUGUGGCGCUCUCCGCGGCUACUGUUGCCGACAUCAGCACGAAACAGGAACGAGGAUCGAUGAUGGGCUUUGUGAUGGCUGGCAAUUUUAUGGGGCCCGCCAUUGGUCCGAUUAUCGGAGGUCUUUUAGCACAAUAUCUGGGCUGGCGAUCCAUCUUCUGGUUCCUAACCAUCGCCUCCGGUAUAUUCUUACUACCUCUCCUCCUCUUUCUCCCCGAAACAGCCAGAAACGUUGUUGGUGAUGGAUCAACUCCUGCGCAGCCAUGGAAUCGGCCCUUGAUUCACUGCUUCUCUCGCCGGAAUGGGAAAAGGCAGGAUCUGUCCGACAAGGAUAGUGUUGAUCGACCUGACAGCAGCGACUCGACAAAGAAAGUCAUCGAGCACAAACUCCAGUUCCCCAACCCCCUGAAGCCUUUGAUACUUGUGUUCCAUCCAAACUCAAUUAUCAUUCUCUUGGUAACAGGAAUUAUCAUGGGUGGAAACAUGACAGUUCUCUCGUCCAUCACGGAGAUCUACACAGCGCAGUAUGGCCUGAACGAGCUUGAGAUUGGUCUAUGCUAUAUCUCGCUAGGUACUGGGUCUAUCGUGGCCUCGGUUGUGACAGGGCGCUUGUUGGAUUGGAACUACCGACGCAUGGCUGCCAACAAAGCCACCAAUUCUACUGCCGCUGAACAAGCCACAGCCGAAGAUUCUAUCUCUGUCGAGAAGGCCCGGAGUAUGAUUACUAUUCCCCUCGUUGUCCUCGGUAGUGUCACUGUGCUCGCAUUUGGCUGGGUCUUGAAGUACGGGGCGCCUCUUGCGGCUCCAGAGGUGCUUCUGUUUUUCGUUGGCGUAGGGCAGACUGGUGGUUUCAUCUCUACCUCUACCCUGCUGGUCGAUCUGCACACCGCUAACCCGGCUGCUGCUACCGCUGCCAACAACAUGGUGCGGUCUUUCUUCUCUGCCGCGGCCUCAGCUGCCAUCGACCCUAUGCUGACAGCAAUGGGUCGUGGAUGGACAUUUACGCUGGUGGCAUUCAUCUUGCUAGCGACGAUCCCAUUCUUGUUGUUGCUCUGUGGGCUAGGGCGCCAAAAGAAAGAAUUACCGGAGAGAUCGGAGAACUGA